GAACUGAAAUCUGAGCUGCAAAAAGAAUCUCCAUCUUCUUCCCCAAACUACACUUAUCCGUUUCGACAACCUACAAAUCACAAAAUAAUUAUAACUAUAUUUAAAAUAAAAAAGAAAGAAAAUUCGAAACAAGGAAAGCACCUAGGCUUCUCCGUUGACGUCGUCGUCUUCUUCUACGUUUUCCUGUAUGCGCUUCACAUAUUUCUUCAAUCUUCUCGACUCUCUCUCUCUAUUUCUCUCUCCGUUAUUUGUAAAAAUUCAGAAUUUAGUUUGAAACUUUUGUCCUUUUUAUUUUUAUACUAUAAAAACUUUGAUGGGUUCUUAUUUUGGUUAAUUGAUCAUUGAUUAGCGAUCCACUGUGAGAUAUAUUCGCCUAAAAGAUUAGGGCUUUUGGGGUCUGGAACGAAUUUGGUUUGUUUUUGAUAAAGAAUAGGAUCGAUGAAAGGAGAAGUACAGCUGGAGGCGUUGGGAGGGUCUAAUCCUAGCGACACCGAUCCUUUGCUCCACGCCCAGCAUGUGGACUCGUCGCCGUCGUCGUCUUCAUCUGCAUCGGAGACCCCCAACGAGAUAAAGGUUGAAGAUUUGGAGAGUGGUUCGCUGCCUUGCUGUAGAAUCUGCCUCGAAUGCGACGGGGAAGAUGAUGAUGAAUUGAUCUCACCAUGCAUGUGCAAGGGCACCCAGCAGUUUGUGCACCGUGCUUGUCUUGAUCAUUGGCGAUCAGUCAAAGAGGGAUUUGCAUUUUCACAUUGCACUACUUGUAAAGCUCAAUUUCAUCUUCGGGUGGCGGAGUUAGAGGACAACAGUUGGAGAAAAGUAAAGUUCAGACUCUUUGUGGCUAGGGAUGUUUUCCUUGUGUUUUUGGCUGUACAAACUGUGAUUGCAGUGAUGGGCGGCUCUGCAUACCUUAUGGAUAAAGAUGGAACAUUUAGGAAUUCAUUCAAUGACAGUUGGGACCGCAUAUUGUCCAAACAUCCUAUUCCCUUCUAUUACUGUAUAGGAGUGCUUGCAUUCUUUGUGCUGCUUGGAUUUUUUGGGCUCAUACUACAUUGUUCCUCGCUUAAUAGCAAUGACCCACACAUGGCUGGUUGUCAGAACUGCUGUUACGGCUGGGGUAUCUUGGAUUGCUUUCCUGCAUCAAUGGAAGCAUGCUUUGCACUCGUUAUUAUUUUCGUAGUUAUCUUUGCUAUUCUGGGCAUUGCGUAUGGUUUCCUUGCUGCCACCAUGGCCAUCCAAAGGAUCUGGCAGAGACACUACCACAUCCUCACAAAGAGAGAACUUACACAGGAAUAUAUAGUAGAAGAUCUUCAUGGCUGCUAUACCCCACCAAAACUGGACAAAGAACACGAAGAACGUCUUAAAAUGCUCAAACUCUUAUAGGAUGAGAAAUUUGAAUCUUUAAACGCUUGUUUAUAAUCAAUGUCUCAAGCUUCAAAAUCAAAAGUAUACAGUUAAGUUGAUCAAGAAACAGAGUGCUUUUAUGUUUUCUUGAUCGAUCUUCACUUUUGGUGUACCUCUAGUUGCUCAGCAAGACAGCUGAUUCUGGUGAAUGACUAUGAACAAUACUCACAUAUAUAUAUUUUGGAUUUAUAAAGGAAGUAAUAUCACAUUUCUGGUUUUAGGUUUUA